AGAUUUUCUGCGUCUUUCGUUCCAUCGGCCUUGUUGCUCGACCGUCGUUCGCUGAUAUGCCGUCUCUUACUCGCGCCGCCGCGCUUCUGCCGGCCCUCUUCUCAUCCAUUGCCUAUGCUGUGAACCCGGUUGAAGUUCGCGGCCGCGACUUUGUUGACACUGUCACCAACAAGCGCUUGAUGAUCAUUGGUGUCGACUACCAGCCGGGAGGUCAAGGCGCAUACCAGCCCCAAAACAGCGAAGAUGCCCUCACCAAUGCCGACGUCUGUCUGCGCGAUGCCGUCCUCAUGCAGAAGCUGGGUGUGAACACGCUUCGAGUCUACAAUCUUGACCCCACUCUCGACCACUCCAAAUGCGCCUCCAUCUUCAAUGCCGCCGGCAUCUAUAUGAUGCUCGACGUCAAUUCGCCCCUGCCAGGUGAAAGCAUUAACCGUGCCGAGCCAUGGACUUCGUACAACAGCGACUACCUCAACCGCGCAUUUGGAAUCAUUGAGAAUUUCAAAAACUUCCCCAACACGCUUGGCUUCUUCUCCGCCAACGAGGUCAUGAACGACUUGUCCACUGCCGAAUUCAACCCGCAGUACAUCCGCGCCGUUCAACGUGACAUGAAGAACUAUAUCAAGAACCACGUCAAUCGCACCAUCCCGGUCGGAUAUUCCGCUGCCGAUGUUCGCGAGAUCCUGCAAGACACAUGGGCCUACAUGCAGUGCGUUCACGACGAAGACAUGUCGUCCUCUGACUUCUUUGGCCUCAACUCUUACAGCUGGUGCAAUGGCGACAGCAUUCAAACCGCUGGCUACGAUACCCUGGCCAACAUGUUCGCUAACUCUUCUAUCCCGGUCUUUUUCAGCGAGUAUGGCUGCAAUCGCGAGACCCCUCGUGAUUUCGAUGAAGUCCAGGCACUCUAUGGACAAGAAAUGAGGGACCUCUCCGGCGGCCUCGUUUACGAGUACUCGGCGGAAGAGGCAGGCUACGGCUUGGUCGAGAUUGAGCAGGAUGGCUCUAUCAAAUUGAUGAAAGACUACGACAACCUACAAAAGCAGUUUAACGAACUGGAUAUCAACGCCCUCGAAUCCGCCAACCCUCAAGAUACCGAUAUUAGAGCCCCGGAGUGCAGUGAUAGUCUCAUAACUGCGGGUGAAUUCAGCAAGAACUUCACGAUUCCGGCUGUGUGCCCUGGGUGCCAGGACCUGAUCGACAACGGUAUUGAGAACCCUCAAAACGGGAGGCUGGUCGAUGUCGGCGAGACAACCGUCAAGCAGAAAGUCUAUGGCACCAAUGGUGGGCAGGUCCAGAACCUAAAACUCAACAUUGUCUCCGAUGGGUCUAACACACCCGGCGGCGAGAGCACCAACGGCGAUGAGAAUCAACCCAGCCAAACCGAUAGUGGAGCGCGGCCCACAGAGACAAGAGAAGGGGCUGCUUCGCAUCUUGGAGGCAGCAGCACACUGGCUUUGGUUUCAUUCUUCAUUUGGGCUCUGUGCCUGUAAUAAUCCUGGACGCUUGAAUGGGUCUCACGGGCCAACAUCUCUAUGCUUUUAAUCAUACUCUUGUAUCACCGGCAUGAAUACGAUUUCUUACGACCCAAGGACGGGCUAAUGGUUCAGACAUUGGGAGGAAUUUAACGACUUUCUUUUUGGCGGUUUUGCAUACGCUUGCUUGUACAUGUAUAUAUCAGAGCAUGAAAUAGGUGUUUGGGAUAGUCACAUGAUGAUACAUAGGCAAUAGAGCUAUGACGUUUU